AUGAAAUUAGAAGAGCAUAUUUACAAAAGGGUCUUUGUGAUACAAGGUUUGAAUCAAGAAACUAAUCUUAAAAGGGCUGGUGAUACACGUUGGGGAUCACAUUAUGGAACAAUUAUAAACUUGAUUUUGAUGUUCCUAUCUGUUAUUGAUGUCCUUGAGAUUGUUCAAGAGGAUGGUUUACACACCGAGCAAAUAGUUGAAGCUCAUUCUCUUAUAGAUUCAAUGCAGUCUUUUGAAUUUGUCUUCAAUUUACACUUGAUAAAAAAUAUAUUGGGGAUCAGACAUGAGUUGUCAUUUGCGCCACGAAGAAAAUACCAAGAUAUUGUAAAUGCAAUGACAUUAGUUAAAGUGUCUAAGCAACGAUUGCAAAUGAUGAGAGAUGAUGAAUGGGGAUCCCUAUUAGAAGAAGUGUAUUUAUUUUACAGCGAACAUGAUAUUCCUAUCCCCCACAUUGAUGACAGAUUUGCAGCUCGUAGGAGGUCACGCCGCAAAGCUCCUAAAAUCACAAAUUUAUACCAUUACCAUGUUGAUAUCUUCUACACUAUUAUGCAACUUCAAGAGCUUACAGAGGCAAGUACAGAGUUACUUCUAUGCAUGGCUUGCUUGAACCCCAAUAAUUCAUUUUGUGCUUUUGAUAAGCAAAGGUUAAUCCAUCUUGCUGAAUUCUAUCCAUAUGAUUUUUCUACGGUAGAUCUCAUGGCACUUGAUAAUCAACUUCAACACUUCAUUGUUGAUGUGCACUCUAGCAAUGGAUUUUCUGAACUCAAAGGAAUUGGUGACCUUAUUAGAAAGUUGGUAGAGACAAAGAAAGACAUUAUAUGUCCAUUAAUCUAUUUUCUUGUGAAAUUGGCAUUGAUUUUACCAGUUGCGACUGCAAUAGUGGAAAAAGCAUUUUCAACAAUAAAAUUCAUGAAGAAUCGAUUACGUAACCGAUUGGAAGAUCAAUGGUUGAAUGAUUAUUUGGUUACAUAUAUUGAGAAAGAUGUAUUUGAUAGUGUUGAUAAUGAGCUUAUUAUGCACCGAUUUCAAAAUAUGAAAUCUCAUCGUGAUCAAUUGUAG